UUUCCGCUCUAAUAAAUUUCUUAGACUUUGUGGAUCUCUGAGGUAUUCUGCAUAAGUGGAUGGUUUGCAAUUGCACUAGCCAAGGAAUUGGAGUUGGUCUCCUUAGUUACGUGGUUCCUGUAUAUAUUGCAGAAAUAACUCCCAAAACUGUGCGAGGCACUUAUACAUUUAGUAAUCAGGCAAAAGAAGGUCGUGACGAAGAAUGUGAGGUUGUUCUUCAGAAAUUAAGAGGAGACGAAGCGGAUAUUGUGAAGGAAACUCGAGAAAUCAUGAUUUCUGUUGAUGCUUCCGCGAAUAUCAGCAUGCGUAGUCUUUUCAAAAGGAAAUAUUCUCAUCAACUUACAAUCGGUGUAGGUUUGAUGCUUCUGCAACAGUUAAGUGGAAGUGCAGGAUUAGGUUAUUACGUUGGUAGCGUGUUUGAUCUUGCCGGAUUUCCUUCUCGGAUUGGGAUGACGGUCUUGUCUAUUGUCGUGGCAUCGGCUUUUGGGUUAUGUUUAGGUUGUAUCUCUCUUGCAUUAGCGUUUGGAUUGAAAGGUGUCCCUGGGAUUAAUGUAAAUGUUACUCCCACUUUGGCAUUUAUAGGAAUAUUGAGGUGUUACAACGCUCCUCUUCAGCCAUGGCCACUCCCUUCUCGCUCUGAUGCGACCACUCGUUACGUUGACGCCGCAUGGAAUGCUUCCUCUGGAUUCUGUGGUAUGGGCUGGGUGAUUCAAGAUACCAGCAAUAGUACCCGUUCUCACUCCUUCUCCUCUCAUAGGAGGUUUGUCUCCUCGGCACUUGUUUCAGAGUGCUACUUCACAGAGGCUUUAGCUUUGCGUAGUGCUUUGUCAUUGUUGGCAGCAAACACUGACGCUAACCCGAUGGUGAUCUACUCGAUCGGACUCACAAUCCCUUAUUUCGCUGAUCAACUCUAAAGGUUGUGUCACGGAGCUUCGAAGAAUCCUCCACGAUAUUUUCCUGCUUAGUGAAAACUUUAGUUCUAUCUCUUUUGUCUUUGUACCUCGGUCUCACAAUGGUGUAACCGAUGCUUUAGCCAUGAUGGCUCUUUUGUCUCUAACUUCUACCUCCUUUGGUGAGGACGGAGUGUUCUCAGUUCUCACACGGUAAAUUUGGUUUCUCGAUUUUUGUUCAUUAAUUAAAAUAGUUUGAUUGA